UAGGAGCAUCAUCCGUUCUACAGACUUGGAUAGGAACUGUGACUCAUAAGAUCUUGCACAUCACUACAUCAACCGAAAGGAGUGACAGUUGUGAUGCGUUACAAAUAUCAACAACAAAUAAAACUCUUGUCAAGGGUUGGUUUCUGUAUGUCAAAUCAUUGUUCAUUGACGUAGCCUGAAAUAGUCUAGUUUCUGAAGAUAUUUUUCGAUUCCCAGCACAACUGUUUGCGUAGUAAAAAUCGGAAACUUCUUUCACCAUUGGACUGUACAAUAACGAAUUGUAUUAGGUCCGUGGUCUCAAAAAACCGGUGGGCAAAAAAGUAGCGGCUUACAGCAGCUUAUUAGUCUACAUCGAAAAGUGAUGGUGGCGGUGUAUUGAGCUGGAGCAAAUGCUCUGAGGUAGUGAACAUUUACGUCGGUUCCUUUGGGUUAAAUUGAUAAAAAUCUGUUCUUACAUCGGCUAAGCGACUUCUGCAUCUGAACAGGUUGCUUUUUUGUAGUACCAGCUACAUCCGUCUGUGUCGUACCAUCCAGCACCCGUACGAGAAAUUCCUUCCAGCCGCUUCAAUGUCUCGUGGCCCUGGACCGAUUCCGGCCCGCUGGCUUCAUUGCCCGCGGAAAUCCGAAACGCUCAUAGCAGAUCGUUUCCUGGCGUUUAAGACACCGCUAAAGAAUGAGUUCCAGUCCCAGAUGCCCGCAAAUUGUUACUUUACUCCAUUAAUGCUGUUCGAUGUGAUGAAGCGACAUAAGCAGCGUAUCGGGUUGUGGAUUGAUCUAACAAACACAGAUCGUUUCUACGAUAAGAACCAGAUCAUGGACGCUGGUUGUAAAUAUGUCAAGCUGAAGUGCAGAGGCCACGGUGAAACUCCGUCCAUUCAGCAAGUAGAAUCAUUUAUUGAGCUAGUGGAAGAGUUCACACAGGAAUUUCCGUUGGAUGUGAUUGGAGUACACUGUACGCACGGCUUCAAUCGGACAGGGUUCUUGAUUGUCUCCUACAUGGUCAUACGGCUGGACUGUGCGCUCGAUGCGGCUUUGAUGGAAUUCGCUAGGGCUCGUCCGCCCGGCAUAUAUAAGGGUGAUUACAUCAAGGAACUGUACGAUCGAUACGGAGAGGAUAGUGAAGUACCGCUUCCGCCGCAACUUCCAAGCUGGUACUUAGAGUACGAUGAUGGAGACCGGUCGAACUAUCAGGAGGAGGACGAUGGCGACUACCCAGAAGCUAACAGCAACAAGAGAGGAACGAAGCGAAAAAAUGACUUCGAAAACGGUCAGGAAGGUCCCAGCCACAAGCGCAAACGUCCCUUAUACAAUGCAAACGCGGUCUUCAUGGAAGGUGUUCCGAAGGAGUCCGUUAAAUUGGUGAAGGAUGAACCGUUAAUUAUGAAACUUCAGGAUCAGGUCCGCACGAUGUGUGGUAGCAAACUACAGGGCUUUGCUGGUGCACAGCCCGUCUCGAUGGACAAGCGUAACAUACGCUACCUCACCGAGAUGCCCUAUCGAGUGUCCUGGAAAGCGGACGGAACGCGUUACAUGAUGUUGAUACUCCGCGAAGGGGAACUCUAUUUCUUCGAUCGUGACAACUCAGUGUUCGCUGUCGAAGGGCUGCGGUUUCCGUCACUCGCCGACCCACGUCGUCACAUCACGAACACGCUGGUCGAUGGUGAGAUGGUGAUCGACAUAAUCGGGCAGCAGCGCAUUCCUCGCUAUCUGGUGUACGAUAUAAUAUAUCUGAAUGGCCGCGAAGUACGAAAGCAACCGUUCUGUCAGCAGCGGAUAAACUUAAUCAGAACCGAACUAAUUGAGGCGCGCAGACGUGCCACCGAGCAGGGCAAACUGGACCGCAGCAAGGAACCGUUCGGCGUGCGGUUGAAAGAUUUCUGGGACAUUACAAAAGCGCAGUCACUGCUCGGACCAAAGUUUAAGGAACAGCUGUCCCACGAACCGGACGGGCUUAUCUUCCAACCUUCGCUCGAUCCGUACGAGUCGGGCGUUUGUCCACGUGUGCUUAAGUGGAAACCGCACCACAUGAACUCGAUAGACUUCCGGCUAAUGAUAAAGGAGGAAAACGGGUACGGUAUGGUCAAGGGCAAAAAGGGAUUGCUGUACGUCGGUGGAAUGGAACAGAGCUAUGGUGAGAUCAAGUUGACGCGCGAAUUGAAACAGCUAAAUAACAAAAUUAUCGAGUGCAAAUUUGAAAACGGCAAAUGGGUGCUGAUGCGUGAGCGUACGGAUAAAUCGUUCCCGAACAGCUUCGAGACUGCCAAGAAUGUCUACGAAAGUAUCCGUUGUCCGGUUACCGAGGAAGGAUUGUUGACACUGAUCCAGAAGCAUGGUUAUCGAUCGGAUUCCGAACUAAUGCCACCACCACCGUCUCAUUGAAUGGGUGCUGGAAUGAAUGCGGGGAAGGGAGGAGGGGAGGAGCUAAGUGUAGAGUUUUAAAGAAGGGUGUUAAACAUUGACCGCUAAAUGGCAUUGGUUAUAGUGUGAAAAACAUUUAAAAAAUUCAUUCAGAAGCUGCUUGCUAUGCCAAAAGUUAGACGCAGAUAUCCUCCCCAAGAGCAAAAGACACAGUAACCACGUUGCGUUACCAUGGAAAUGGUAUUCGCUGCUAGGUUCACGUAACCGUUUUACUUUAUCUCCUUCUAGAUCGAAGACAAUUUUCACUCGUUUCGGAAUCGCAGUAAAGUUGUUGAUGAUGUUAUGUAUGUAAGAACAGUAGUAUGUCAUGACGUCAUUCAUCGAUACUGAUGUAGCACACAAUUUAUAAUAAGUUAUACUGCAAAUGUAGUAAAUUUGUAGUUCCAUUUUGAAGGUAUCUGUAUUUGUAAGGCAAAAUAUGAAAAUGACCUUUUGAACUUCAACCGUGGCAAACUAUCAAUUGAAGACGCAUGAAAGGAGAAAAUGUGCAAACGUUUGGAAGACAUGUUUCGUAAAAUAGAAACAUUGUAGAAACAAAAAUCGACAUACAUACCUAGUUUAAUUAAUUGUAUAAUAAAAACAAGAACGCUGUAAUAAAGUUCUAAAGAUGCAUAUGAA